AUGGAAAUGGCAGGCUCAAUCCACUCCAUAGGUGGUACGGUAGUCCGAGACGGUGGUUUCGUGAAGCCUUGUGUUGCUGUGGGUGGCGCUUCAAUUUGCGCGUCGAACGCAAUCUCAGUUUUGUGCCGCUUUUCGAUUUCUAAUUCGAUUGGAGGGCUGCCCUGUGAGUUCCUGUUUAACAGAUACCGCCAAAUUACUAUCUCCACGACGUGUGUCAAGUCUGCAAUAUCAUGGUCCUUAAGCGUUACUGCGAGAGGCAAUUUACUAACAGUGUCAUCACGCUGCCAGGGCAGGUUCAAGGCUGAGAGCGGUGGCAAGGGAUGGGCUGUGUUAGUAGCAGUGGUGGGAGAACCCAUGACAUCAAGCAUUGACUCCGUCAUAAUACGUGAGUCUGGUGAUAUUUCGAUGCUUGGAAUUUUGACGUCAGCGGUCGGCGGCGUCUUAGGCGAUUUGAAGGCUGGGGAGGUGACACGGGACGGUUUCUUUUGGGGUUGGGGAUGGUCCAUGCGUCUAUCAGAGAUGGCGGCGGAUGAGUGUCCACCUUGUGAGGUGGGGAACUGCUAUAUCACUGCCAGUGGACUUUGUCAGGAUUACUUCAGAGACCCUAGAUAUUUUGUCAUGUCUUCCGUGUCAACUUUGACAGGCUUAGGGGAUACUGCUCCACAGGCUCAGGCGGCUUGA